AUGCCACAUCCACGCUUCCCCAAGAUUGAGAUCCAGGAACUACGUGACGAUUUCAUUCGAUUUAAUUUAUCAGAAACAGAUGCAAGUGUAGCCAAUGCAAUACGUCGUGUCAUGAUCUCUGAAGUACCAACACUAGCCAUCGAUCUGGUGAGCAUUGAGAUUAACACUUCAGUCAUGACGGACGAGUUCCUGGCACAUCGAUUGGGUAUGAUUCCUCUCAAUUUUGAUGGCGGUCUAGAGAACUUUAGUCAGCGAUUUGUGUACUCUCAGGACUGCGAUUGUGAUGAGAAUUGUCCCAAUUGUAGCGUCGAGUUCUCACUGGAUGUGACGGCGGACAGUGGCGUGCUAUCCGUUACGAGCGAAGCCCUUAAAUCCUCGGAUCCAUACAUUCGUCCAGUCAAUUUUUCUUCUGAGGAGGAGUUUAACAAUACACAGGACAGUGGCGUCAUCAUCGCCAAGCUUGGACCCGGCCAGAGACUGCGUCUUUCAGCUAUUGCCAAACUCGGCGUUGGCAAAGAGCAUGCCAAGUGGUCUCCCGUGGCCGUGGCGACGUACAUGUAUGAUCCAAUCAUUACACUAAACCAGACUGUGCUCAGCACGUACACGCCCGAACAAAAGGCUGAGAUGUACAAAUGCUGCCCUACGGAAGUAUAUGAGACAGACGAGAACUAUGAACAGUUUACGGUAGGAGAUGCGAUGCGAUGCAUGUAUUGCGACGAGUGCGUAAAGCUGGCAGACUCGUAUAAGGAUAAUCCGGAAGACGAUUCGGCUGUGACGGUCCGGAUGCGGGAAGACAAGUUCAUUUUUUCAGUUGAGACAACGGGACAGCUGAAGCCCGAAGAAGUAGUGAUUUGUGCACUGGAUUUGAUUCGCGAGAAGCUGUCAUCACUCAAGCACCAGUGCUUGGAACUUAGUCAGGACGAUCAGGGUUCGUCAGCGCCGAUCACGCCAUUUGGUUAA